CGCCUUAAAUGUUUAACACAAUGUUUAUCAAGAUAAAUACCAACCAUAUAAUAAUUAUUAAAUCUUGUAAAUGGGAACGCAUCAUCACUUAGAUACAGAGCACGCAAGGUAACAAGAAGGGGGAUUCUCAAGUCGGGAUUGUUGAACAAAAUAAAAAAUGACUAGCUCAAGAGAAGUAGGAAAGGAGAUAGAUAAUAUGGCUCAGGAAACCGAAGAUCAUUUCAAAGAAAUGGAAAAACCAGAUAUGAUCGAGCGUGAUCCAAAUAACAUCAAUGACCAUAUUGGGGUGGAGUUUGAAGACAUCAUAGCUGAACCAGACGGUGCUCACUCUCAAGACUGUGUCUGGAGGAACUCCUACAAGUGCUUCAACUGCGGCAAGAACCUCUGCUAUAAGAUCCUCACCUUUAUCUGCGCUCUUCCCCUCGCCCUCUGCUGGGGCUGCUCCUUCGCCUGCAUCUCCUUCAGUCACAUCUGGCAGGUCACCCCCUGUUACAAGGUCCUCGAUAUCAACUGUGGAUGCAUCAGAAAGUUCUGGGGAUUGUGCGUCAACUGCGCUAUUGGACCUUGUUGCGAAGCUUGUUCACUCUUCUUCGCUCCAUUCGCAAGCUCGGGGACCAAAGUUACUAUUCAAUAGGCAUGAUUAUACAGGAGGACCAUCGAAUUGGACAUGUACGCUAUUUGCAAGCGUCUUUGAAGAUAGUUCCGACAUGGAAGACAUUGAUAUGAUUUUCAUCAAAUUAUCACUCAUGGCAUUUUCAGCUGAGUCAUAUUUUUCAUUAGAUAGAAUACAUGCAAUGCAGAAAUAAAAACAAUGCAAAGGCCAGACUUUAUCUUAUUCAACUUAGUGAUGCGUGCCGUCAGUUUUUGAUCAACUGCUUUCUAAGAUUUUUUGUGAAUAUAUACGAUAUAUACGAUGUACCUUUGUACAAAAGGCUCAAGCACUAUCUGUGAUAUAUGUAAAUAAAACUUGACCAUUAUUCAGUAAACAGUAAAA